AUGUCCGGCGUCUGGGUCUUCAAGAACGGCGUGGCUCGGCUCAUUUCGAACCCGAGCAAGGAGCGGCUCGAGCUCCCCGACUCCACUGGUCAAGCCCGCAGGCGCGUACUCGUCCACGUGGCGUCCAACCAGGUGAUCAGCUCGUACGCAGAGCUGGAGCAGCGGCUAGUAGAACUCGGCUGGGAGCACUACGAAACCGAAGCCGGUAAGCGAGCCAACCUCAUACAGUUCCACCGCUCGUCGGCUUCGGCCCACCUCAUCUCCCUUCCUAAAAACUUCAAGAACUUCAACUCCACCCACAUGUACGACAUCGUCGUCAAGAACCGGUCCCACUUCGUGGUUAGAGAGCACCCGGCGUAA